GAGUCCAGAGCCACUGCCUUUGCUCCAGCCGCUGCCGCCCCACCACCUCUCCUUCUCUGCCUCUGACCCUCCUUCUCACUGCUCCCCCUGCCCAGUUGCUCCUCCCACCUGGCCAUGACCACAGCCCCUGCUGGGACCCUGGCCCAGCUCUGAGUCCCGGGACCCUCGGUCCCCUCCCCCAGGCCAUGGCCAACUCAGGCCUCCAGCUCCUGGGCUACUUCUUGGCCCUUGGUGGCUGGGUAGGCAUCAUUGCUAGCACAGCCCUGCCGCAGUGGAAGCAGUCUUCCUACGCAGGCGACGCCAUCAUCACCGCCGUGGGCCUCUACGAAGGGCUCUGGAUGUCCUGCGCCUCCCAGAGUACCGGGCAAGUGCAGUGCAAGCUCUACGACUCGCUGCUCGCCCUGGACGGUCACAUCCAAUCAGCGCGGGCCCUGAUGGUGGUGGCCGUGCUCCUGGGCUUCGUGGCCAUGGUCCUCAGCGUAGUUGGCAUGAAGUGCACACGGGUGGGAGACAGCAACCCCACUGCCAAGGGCCGUGUCGCCAUCGCCGGGGGAGCCCUCUUCAUCCUGGCAGGUAUGAAUUUGGCCCAGCCCUGUUUGUGGGCUGGGCCUCAGCUGGCCUGGCCGUGCUGGGGGGCUCCUUCCUCUGCUGCACGUGCCCGGAGCCAGAGAGACCCAACAGCAGCCCGCAGCCCUAUCGGCCUGGACCCUCUGCUGCUGCCCGAGAGUACGUCUGAGCUCCUCCUGCCCUGGCCAGCCCCCCACCCGGUGGCCCCCUCGUCCAGCAUCCAGCCAGCCUCGCAGCACCCUGGGCAGGGCCACUGGGGCAUAGGAUGGGCAUAGGUGCUCUGAGUAGCUUGUCCUCAAUGCAAGCACCCACCUUGCAAUCCGAGACCCAGAUCCUCAGAGAGACCAGAGGCAGGACCCAGCCCCCAGGCACACACAUGGAUGCAGGUCCAGGCACGGUCCUGUCUGCACAGCCUGGUGGGCACCAGCAUGCAUCCCUGGAGACAGGCCCUCAGGCACCAGCCCGGCUGUUUACUCACUGAAGAGCCGCGUGGGUGUCUGUCUGCUAUGUGCUGGGCUCUGGAGUUACAGCAGUGGCCAAGAGGUACCUUAGUACCCAGGUCCUUGGGGUGAGCAGAAACCUUCACCCUCCCCAGUCCCAUGGGCUCCUCACAGCAACCCCACAAGGGCAGUGCCGGGAUGCUGAACGUUCACACGAGGACAAAGAGGGUCUGAGUUUAGGUCUCAGGUUCUUCCAGUGCACCCAGGGCUGGGGGCCACCCACACAGAUGGCUAAGUCGGACCACGGCGCCCCUGCCCCUGGGAAUGGGCCCCAGGCAGGGCUGCUGUGAGGGCCAAGGUCUCGCCAUGCUGGCCAGUACCCAUGUCCGGGCCUGAAUGCACAGCCCCUGUCCCCCGACCCCACAGCUCACUCCACUAACCAGCUCUCUCUCUUUUGACUUUCAGACCAGUUGUUAAAUUGCCCGCCUCCGCCAAGGGCCCCCUGGGUGUGUAAUGUCCAGUCCCCAGCCAGGCUCUGUCCCCUGCCAUACCUAGACUCUGUGUUUCAUAUUUUUUGGAAAGAGAAGUGAACAUCCAGCCCCAAUCAUGGUGUCAUUCAGUCUGUCCUCGGCGUGACUUGGACGGGGCCUGGGUCAGAGUGGUCAGUGCUGACCCCUGGGGCUCUUGGGCAGAAAGAUGAGGAGACAGAGGUCCAGGGUGGGUUACACAGCAUAUCCAAGGCUGAGCAGGAGAUAAUUCAGGGCUCCUACCCCCUGUCUAGGGAACCCCCUCCCAAGCCUGGCCUUGGCCUUGGCUCAAGGUCCUCCUUGAUGGGGACCCCACCCACUCCUGGAGGCUGCCCCUGAGGCCUGGCCCAGCUCUGGGAGCAGGCCCCUGGGUCAGGGAGCCCCUGGUGUGGAAAGAGGCCCCAAGGUAGUAAACCCUGCCCCUGUUCCUGUGCUCCAGAGACCUCCUAAGGGAAGGGACAGUUUCUGGAAGGCCCUCCAGCUGGAUGCUGGGGAUCAGAGAUAGGUGAGGGAACACAGUGUGGGAGCUCCCUAUGUAGAAAAGGGAAUGCGGGGAGGGCGUUAGGAGCUUGCGGGCAUCAGGACUGUCCUGAGCAAGGUCUGCAGCCCCCAGCUCUGCUCACCCCGAAUCCUGCCCCUUGUUUCCACACCUACCAUUCCUCCUCUCCUGAUCCCCAGCAUCCAGCUGAGGUCCAGGGUCUUUUCCUAGAAUCAGAGAGGGGAGGGGACAGCCUGAGGCUGCCCAGAGACUGUGGCUGGAACUGCUUGCUGCACCCAGCAGUACUGUCAGAGUUAGAAGGGCUUUUGGUCUUGAAGUCCAGGUACCAUCCCCCCUUAGUAUAGAGGGGGAAGGGCCGGAGAGGAAUGUAGAGAAACCAGCCCAGGUCAGUCCCAAGACCAGAGUCCCUUGUCCUACAUCUCCCCAAACCGAAGUGUGCCAGCCCCGCCCCUCAUGCUCAGACCUCUCCCACCCCAAACCCUCUCCGGUGUAUCCAAGUCUCUUUGACCACUGCAUAGCAGGCUUCUAGGGAGAGCAUCCAUCACAAAACCUCCCCUUCCCUGCUAUGUACCUUCCUUGGCCAGCCCCAUUCUGGCCUCCUCCACCACCUGCCUUGUGACCACAUCUCCCACCAAGUCCCCAGAUCUCAAGAACGCAGCUGGGCUUCUCCUUCGACCUUGACUGUGAGAGGGAAAGUGAUGGAAACCAAGUCGGAUGAGAUGACUGCCAUGUACACUGCAGUCGAGGGCAGGGGCGGGAGGAAUGACACAAAUGGCAGGGAGCUGCUGGGGGACUGACCCCUCAGCGCCUGGCCUGGCCGGCCCUGCACAUCCACCGGGGCACCACAGGGGCUUGUCCAGCCUCUGGUCAGAGGGUGUGGCCACCUGACUCUAAAUAGGCUCCCCAGAGUCCUGCCCCCCUAACCAUGAAUGAGAACUGCAAGAGUUUUUCCUCUGGGUGCCUGAAGCUAUUGUGCAAUGGUUCCCAACCCCGCGUGCACAUUCGAGUCACCUGGGGGCAAUGCCCAGGCUCUAACCCAGACACUCUGACUUCAUUGGUCCGGGUGGACCUGCCAUCAGAGGUCAGGUAGCUCCUCAGGGGACUGUAGUGUGUGGUCAGCACUGAGGGCUCCUCUAUGAGGCCUCAAGCCCAGGUGACUCUGUGAGGCCUGCAGAGGGAGAAAAGAACCCGUAAGAAAAGAGGUGGAGUCCAGGCACGGUGGCUCACGCUUGUAAUCCCAGCACUUUGGGAGGCCAAGGUGGGUAGAUACCUGAGGUCAGGAGUUCGAGACCAGCCUGGCUGACAUGGUGAAACCUGUCUCUACUAAAAAUACAAAAAUUAGCUGGCUGUGGUGGUGGGCACCUGUAAUCUCAGCUACUUGGGAGGCUAAGGCAGGAAAAUCACUUGAACUCGGGAGGUGGAGCUUGCAGUGAGCCGAGAUCAUGCCACUGCACUCCAGCCUGGGCAACAGAGCGAGACUCCAUC